CCAGCGGUGGCCGCAGCCUACACCUUCCUCCAGAGAAACCCGAAGCAUGAGCUCACCACCAAGUAUCUCAACUACUACCGGGGGCUGCUGGACGCCGUGGACGAGCCCCUCAUGGACUUGGAGGCCCAGCCUUACGAGGCCGUCUUCCUGCGGGCUGUGAAGCUCUACAACAGCGGGGAUUUCCGCAGCAGCACGGAGGACAUGGAGCGGGCCCUGGCCGAGUACCUGGCCAUCUUUGCCCGGUGUCUGGCUGGCUGUGAGGGGGCCCAUGAGCAAGUGGACUUCAAGGACUUCUAUCCAGCCAUAGCAGAUCUCUUUGCAGAAUCCCUGCAGUGCAAGGUGGACUGUGAGGCCAACUUGACCCCCAAUGUGGGCGGCUACUUUGUGGAAAAGUUCGUGGCCACCAUGUAUCACUACCUGCAGUUUGCCUACUACAAAUUGAACGACGUGCGCCAGGCCGCCCGCAGUGCCGCCAGCUACAUGCUCUUCGACCCUGGAGACAGUGUCAUGCAGCAGAACCUGGUGUAUUACCGCUUCCACAGGGCUCGCUGGGGCCUGGAGGAGGAGGACUUCCAGCCCAGGGAGGAGGCUAUGCUCUACCACAACCAGACAGCUGAGCUGCGGGAGCUGCUGGACUUUGCACACAUGUACCUGCAGGCAGAUGAUGAGAUGGAGCUGGAGGAGACAGAACCACCCAUGGAGCCUGAGGAGCCUCCAUCUGAUGCCGAGUUUGAGGGGGAGGAUGACUAUGAGGAGAGCAUCUAUGCUGACUGGUGGCAGGAGCCGGAUGCCAAGGGUGAUGAGGCUGAGGCUGAGCCAGAGCCUGAACUAGCAUGAGAAGAGGGCCCCCCUGCACCCCUCAAGAACUUGGGAAGCCUGGCCCAGUGACACCACCCUCACCAGCCUGGACAGCAACAAGAACUAUUUAUUAAACAUGUAAAAUGGACAUAGCUGACC